ACACGACGUCACGACGCCAAAAGGGCCCUCAGGCUGGAGCAGUGGUCGCAGCCGCGGGCGUGACGUCAACACUCUGCGCCGCCACGGGAGGAAAGCCCCGCAAGCGGCGCCGGCCGGAAGGGGAGGAGCGCUCGGCUGGGUUUUCUGACGACGCAUCCCUGCGGGCGGCAGCUUCUCCGACUGUUUUUCUCUUUUUCUCCCUGACGCGUGAGCGUGGCAGUCAUGCCUUGGUUACUCUCAACAACUAAGCUUCUUCCCGCCGUAGCAAGCGCCCGCAGCCUCUCAGGUUAGACUCACCUCCCACAGUGUCCCUUCUGAGGCGCACCAGGGGGAUCCAAGUUGGUCUCAGGCGAUCCCUGGUUCGACGGACCCUUCUGCUGGGGCCUCCACUCCCAAACGUUCUGUGUGCUCCUCGGAUUUCUUCUCUACUGGCUGCUCCUGAAACAGAGUGGGCCCUGUGUUCUCUCUGUCGUUGAGGUAUUCUGGGAGGUCGAAAUGACUGCAGAGAGAAAAGUGUGUGCUAUCUUCCGAGAGGGGCUGUCUUCAAAAUAACUCGGACUCAUGGAAGUUGUGUCAGUUUUCACACUUGCUCAGGAUGUAUGUCAUGUUCACAGCGAAGGUACUCCCUGCAGCCCAUCCCAGAGAGGAGGAUUCCAAACCGAUACCUAGGCCAGCCCAGCCCCUUUACACACCCACACCUCCUCAGACCAGGGGAGGUGACACCAGGACUAUCCCAGGUGGAAUAUGCACUUCGCAGACACAAACUAAUGUCUCUAAUCCACAAGGAAGCACAUGGGCAGAGUGGGACAGACCAGACAGUGGUUCUACUGUCCAACCCUACGUACUACAUGAGCAAUGAUAUCCCCUAUACUUUCCAUCAAGAUAACAAUUUCCUGUACCUGUGUGGAUUCCAAGAGCCUGAUAGCAUUCUGGUCCUUCAAAGCCUCCCUGGCAAGCAGUUACCAGCACACAAGGCCAUUCUUUUUGUGCCUCGGAGAGACCCCAGUCGAGAACUUUGGGACGGCCCCCGAUCUGGCACUGAUGGAGCAGUAGCUCUAACUGGAGUGGACGAAGCCUAUACUCUGGAAGAAUUCCAACAUCUAGUACCGAAACUGAAAGCUGAGACACAUACACUGUGGUAUGACUGGAUGAGGCCGGCUCACACACAGCUCCACAGUGACUACCUGCAGCAGCUGACAGAGGUCAAAGCCAGGAGCAAGAACAAGGUCCGGGCUGUCCAGCAGCUGGUGCAGCACCUCAGGCUGAUCAAAUCUCCUGCAGAAAUUGAACGAAUGCAGAUUGCUGGGAAGCUGACAUCACAGGCUUUCGUAGAGACCAUGUUUGCUAGUAAAGCCCCUGUGGAGGAAGGCUUUCUUUACGCUAAGUUUGAAUUUGAGUGCCGGGCCCGUGGUGCAGACAUCUUAGCCUACCCACCUGUGGUUGCUGGAGGUAAUCGGUCAAACACUUUGCACUAUGUGAAGAAUAAUCAACUCAUCAAGGAUGGGGAAAUGGUGCUGCUGGAUGGCGGUUGUGAGUCUUCUUGCUACGUGAGUGACAUCACUCGAACCUGGCCUGUCAAUGGCAGGUUCACAGCGCCUCAGGCAGAACUCUAUGAAGCUGUUCUAGAGGUCCAGAGAGAUUGCCUGAGCCUGUGCUCCCCUGGAACAAGCUUGGAGAACAUCUACAGCAUGAUGCUGACACUGAUAGGGCAGAAGCUGAAGGAGCUGGGGAUCGUGAGGAACAGUAAGGAGAGUAAUACCUUCAAGGCUGCUCGAAAAUACUGCCCACAUCACGUCGGCCAUUACCUGGGGAUGGAUGUUCACGACACUCCAGACAUGCCCCGCUCCCUCCCUCUACAGCCGGGUAUGGUGAUCACAGUGGAGCCAGGUAUUUAUAUUCCAGAGGAUGACAGAGACGCCCCAGAGAGGUUUCGUGGUCUUGGUGUACGAAUUGAGGAUGAUGUAGUGGUGACUGAGGACUCACCUCUCAUCCUUUCUGCAGAUUGUCCCAAAGAGAUGAAUGACAUCGAGCAGAUAUGCAGUAAGGCCUCUUGACCUUCAUUGCGGCCCACGUGCGUCUCAGGUUCAGGAGGGGUGGACGCUGGCUUCUGUGCACCUGUGCUUCCGGUGGGGUCCCCGUGUGUUCCACUGGGGAGUGCAGCCGCUGUAUGAGUGUAUAUAAUUGUCUAUGUGGUCUUUUUUGUUUUAAGUAGCUAGAAAUCUGGAAAAUUGAAUUUUUGGACUUUAUGUUACUGCAACUUUAGUAACAUUAAUUCUGUAGAAUUAAUGACCCGGACAAGUUUAAUUUUAAGAUGUAAAGAAAGAUCUUGGUAUGUAUGUUUAUGCAUCCCAGUUAACACAGUUAAACAUAUAGAAAAUUCUCUCCUUCUCUCCAGGUCCUUCCCUUUCUGCACUUUUGCCAAAAUCUAUCUAAGAUUUUUCUGUAAUGCUUAUAUUUUGAGCGAAUCACCAAGGUCCUUGCCUGCACUAGAAGCCACCUGUCAGUGACUGUGGGUGGCCAGUACAUGCCUUCCAUAACAGCCACCUACCUACCUACUCAGAAGCCCAUGUGUCUGCAGGAGCCACAGGAACCCUCGGGCACUGGCGUCCUGCGGUCCCACCAUUCAGCCAGAGUCCAACAGUCCUAGCUACCAAACAAAACUGUUUUGAGCCUUUCUUACUAUCUGGUUGCCUGGGACCUGGAAGGUGUUUAGACUCUUGAUAAGGAAAUGGAAAAGAAAGAAAAGUAUAUUUGUGUCUGCUAAAGAUCAGAUCCCCAUUCAUCUGUUCUUGACCUCAAGAUGAUUUUCUUCCCAGACAUCCACACUUUCUGUAUAGAUUCUUAAUGUACUGACCCUCAUAGCACACCCUUGUAGCUGCUUCCCUGGCCAAGGGCAGAUCCUCUGCUUAUCCUGUUAAAGUCAGAGGAAUGGUACCCAGUAUUUAGAGAGACACCCUGGUUAUCAUUCUGUGAUUUCCUCUAGUGCCAAUAAAAACAAAAUAUGGAACCCACCAAGUCACAGUAAACACCCUGUGAUCCUUUCCUUUCUUGGACAUUAGCACUGGGAGGGCACUGGUAAAGGCUCAUAUUUCUCUCGACCUGGCAUUGGAUGUCGUUAUACAGAAAUCAGUUUGUAAAGUGAACAGAGCCAGAUGACUGCAGAUGGUUUAUUUGAGAGCUUCUGUCAUAGAAGGAAGUUUUAAGAAAUAGUGUGUUCACCUCCUUUAAACCUGAAUAUGAUGCCAGGAUGCACAAAACAUUCUGAUUGUUAGAGCAUAAAUUUGAAGGGUUUUUUUGAGCAUGUAUCUGCAUUAGAGAAGCACUGGAUAGGAGGUUAACGCUCCCUGCAGGGCCAGAGAUUUGCCUGUCUUGUCAGAAAAACCCGAGGCACAGCAUCCAGCACAGACAGGCAGUGACUGCAUCAGGAGGCAAAGGUAAUGGUAUAAAUCAGAGUGAUACAGUUUAUGUCUUGACAGUGCUCAGCCACAGAUGCUUGGCUUUGCUAAGCAGCUGUGGGAAUGGAUGGCUGCACAGCUGCAGUCGUCAUCUCUGUGCCUGCCCUCGGCGCCUCCUCCAGCUUCUCAGUCCUGUGUUACCUUCUAAAAGAAGAAGACAGAAAGUAAACCCACAACUCCGGCUUCUCGCUCCUGGGCCUCUGUGACCCAACAACCUUUCUCUUGAAUUGGGUUUCCUUUGUUGAUUUACAGUCCUGAAAUACAGUAUUUCCUUUUCUUCCUAUAAAUCAUUUUCUGUGUCUUCAACUUUCCAGAUAAAAGCUUAGGUGGCUUUUAUGUAUAACAGCCUACUUGGAAAUGAAACAGACUUUUUCCAGCUAGAUUCCCAGCAAGUUCUGCAGGUGUUGCAAGAAUGACUCUUGCAGAAUUCUUCUGAUGGUUUGUAGUCCCUGACCCAGCCAUAUUGUCCUUUGAGUCCCAGAUUAACCACAGCAGCUAACAUUUGAAUCAGACUGUCAGAACCAUCAAGAGAUGACUUGGUGAACACCUCAGAGCAGUGGUCUGGGGACUGUCUGAUGUAUUCAGGAUUUGUUGAGCAGAUAAUUAUGCACAAUGCAGGAAUCUCAUUCAUUCUUAGCCACAUCACAGAUGUACCCCACAUUUCCCUCCAGGUCUCAGUAUAAUAUAUACUUUACAUAUACACCAGGUUCUCCUAGUGGAAACUGUAACCUUUAAAAAAUCUUUCAAAUGUUACACCAGAAUUUUUCUCCCUGAAUUGAAGAUAUGGCUGAAAUAUUAACAAUGUCAUCUAAAUGAAAGAAGUGUAUCUGGAUGGUCUCUGCUGCAUACUUUUAUGGUUUUCUUUCAGGAAUUGCCAUUUUUCCCUCUAAUCAAGAAACCAGGAUUCUUUCUUGUUUGAAACACAGCAGUAGAAAUAUGGAGUAAUAACUCUCUCUUCCCAUAGUCAUACCCAAGUUAGGAAGGUACUUCUCAUGGUGACUUAAAGUUCUCUUUGUGUGUCUUCUUUCAAAACAUUGUUCUCUUUUCAUUAAUUUUUGUAAGGUCAGAAAUGGAAAACUCCUACUCUAGACAUUAUAUCUUAAUCGGGAUUAAGAUCCAUAAAAUAAAUUAAUCCCUGUAGAAAGACAUUGUAACUCAUCAAAACAGAAAACUUGGCUUUGUUAUAUUUUUCAAAACUCAUAUAACCAACAUCCUCUUCAGCUUUCUUAAUCAUAGAAAGAUUGCAAAUGUGAUGCAGGAGUGCUUCUUCUCCCUGUCCCGUGUCCAUGUCAGAUCACAAGCACAGCACAGUGACCUUCCCCCCAGUCCAGCUGUGACCUCAUGGUCCUUUGUAACAGUGUUUCCAGUAACUGCCUUCCAUAAAACAGUUGAGAUUUGAGUUUGACCCUAUCUGUCAUCCCUCACCCGGCAUAUGAUUGAUGAUAGUAUAACUUAUUUGUGUGUGUCCAUUAGAAACUGAGGGCCCAGGAUGAUGGCAGCAUAAAGGCCCCUGCUUGGAAGAAGUUUUUAUGGUGUGGUUAAUUUUUUUAAAUUUUAGUUUCCUGAAGUGGGCUCUGUAGUGCAAAACUUAAGCUGAUAGGGUUAAAUUUUAAGCCUGGGCAAAUAUACUUCAAUCUGAAGUGUUUGACAAUCCUGAUAUGCGAAGGUGAAUACAUCAUUAAACCCUCAUGGUAGAACAGAAUUCCACCGUCACAAAGCACGUGGGUCUUCCCGACUGCUCUCCCCUCCACCUGUGCCUCACUGAGGAGCUUGGGGUAAGCAUCAGUAUUAUUCAGAUCAGGGGUCCCCACUGAGGCCAAGGCCUCUUGGGAUGUGCUCCAUGAGGAUCUGGGAGAACUGCAAUCUUUUGAGCAUUUUUUAAUGCUUUGUAUGACUUUUGUGCAAUUAUAUAAGUUCAGUUUGAACAAAAUGCUGUUACCUGUUAAGGCUCUAUUGACUGAGAAUAGAUAUGUCAUUCCCCCAAAAGGGAAGAGCAUUUGUUACUAUCAUUUUUAAAAUAAACUGUAAAACAAUAUAAGAGU